AUGGAGAUAAACCAAGCGGCUGAAAAAGAACAGGAGUAUGUUCACAAAGUGUAUAAUGAGAUAGCUCCGCAUUUCUCGCAAACUAGAUAUAAGCCAUGGCCCAUAGUGACUCAGUUCUUGAAGACUCGCCCAAUGGGUUCCAUCGGUAUCGACGUCGGGUGUGGCAAUGGAAAGUACCUCGGAGUGAACCCUGAUAUAUAUAUUAUCGGUUCAGAUCGCUCAGAUGGUCUUAUUGAGUGCGCCAGAGGAAUAAACCCAUCGUACAACUUACUGGUGGCAGACGGGCUGAACUUACCACACAAAAACGAAACAUUUGACUUCGCCAUCUCAAUUGCUGUAGUGCAUCACUGGUCUACAAGGGAGAGACGUGUUGAGGUGAUCAGGCACGUUCUAUCGAAGCUACGUCAGGGCGGACAAGCAUUAAUAUAUUGUUGGGCUCUAGAACAGGGCAGCUCCCGUAGAGGUUACCAUGAAGGUAUGGAGCAAGAUGUCUUUGUCCCCUGGGUUCUUCCCAAGAGUAAAUCCAAACCAAAAACUAAAUCAACGCCGCCUGCUAAAGUCAAGACAAGGCCAAAGCCAAACUUAAUGAAUAUUCCCCCAAAGGAGCGUUCCGAAUACUUGCAGCGCUGGAAGGAGGAACAGCAACGCAGUAAGUCUCUUGAUGAUAACGACGAGAAGCAACAACAAGAUCAAGAACAGGAAAGAGAAGAGGUAAAAUACCGAUACUAUCACUUAUACCGAGAGGGCGAAUUGGCUGAGGAUUGCCGCCAAGCUGGGGCUGCCGUUCAUAGUGAGGGCUUCGAGCGCGACAAUUGGUGGGUGGUGGCCCAGAAGAGAUGA